GGGGACCUUUUGACGGACCAGGGCAGCUUUUCCCACACUCCCACCCCCCCAUACCCCCUCUUCGUCUCAUGCGGGCAGAGCAAAUACUGACAAAAUGAACACUUUCUUCUUUAUCGCGCGCCGUCCACAGUUCAUUUACCGAGUUUCCGGGACCAUUGAUGAGGUAUCGCUGCCGACCAGGUCAGUGGAAAUUCCCUGGAGCUCCUUUUGGGGGGCUGCGGGCGGAACUUCUGGUCCUCGCGAACGAGAGCACGCCUUUCGCCAUCUCCCCCCGUCUCUCCCCAUUAUGUCGAGUCUCUACUAUGGAUGCACUACGUGUGCUUCUCCCAUGCCUCCCCGCCCUUAAAAGGAUUGUCGCCUCGGUCUCUCUGGAUCUGCGAUAUGGCAGCAGCACGGUCGAACAGGGUGCUGCAUCUGAAGGGGUCCUCUUGUUCUUGUCCCUACGCCUCUUCUCUCCUGCUUUCUCUCUCCAUAUUUCGUCAGGCGUUCGUGGGCAGGGCAGGGCAGGUCCGGGGCCGGGAGGGACGUCGGGGUUAUGCACGUACCAGCUGGUCCGGCAGGCAGCCUUUUCGGGGUUCAUUGUGCUGUUUUUGUCAGCAGCCGUUUGCGAAGCAGGGGUUCAUCACAUCUUUCGUCACACGCUGCUCUCCCUCGUCUUCCAGCCCCUGGCCCCGACCCUGGCUGUGCCUCUCGCCCUCUCACUUGCGCUCGGCGCGUCCUCUCUUCCCGGAACCUGGGAAACAAGGGGAUCAACCACUGGUCCACGGUCAAGCUCGGUCACCACACCGGUCAAGGUCAAGGCCACCCCUGAAGGGCAUGGUGGGCGGAAGCGGAUGGAGGGGAAGGCGAAUCUCCUCCCGAUCUAUCUCCCCUCCCCCCACCUCUCCGGAUGAAGCAAUGAAUUGCGCGCUCAAUGCGAUUGGAAUUAUAUGACAAUGCGUAAAGUGACAUUCGCCCGGAGGUGGGAGAACCGGCUCUUACACACUGCGAGACUGGGAAAGAAGCAGGCGAGGCGAGGCGAGACGAGGUUUCGGAUCAGCG